CCAGGAGGAAGAAGAGUGGAAGAGGGAGGAAGAAAGUAUAGAAGAGUAGAAAGAAAAAAAAAAAAGAGAGAGGACCACAGACCCACUCAAUGAUUUUAUUGCAUAUUGUUGCACUCACGUCCUCACUUUCAGAGAGGAGACCAGCAGGGGGGCGUGGACCUGAGGUGAAGAGGAGAGCGAGAAAAGAAGAGGAGAAAGAGAGUGGAAAAGAAGGAGCAAAGACGUAUACAUACAUAUGAGAGUGAAAAUCGAGGCCCGCCAGAAGAGAAAUAUAUAGACACACGCUUGCUCAGCAGGAGCGUGUGUGUGUGUGUGAGAGAGAGAGAGAGAGAAAGAGAGAGGUUGCCGUCGGUGUGCGUUUACGUGUGUGAGAGCAGGUGGGACUUUGAUGGGACAGUGAGCAAUGCCUCACACGCAGCGACAGCAGGUUGGCAGUAGGGGGCAGUGCACCUCUCUCCUCCCUCUCUUCCGUCUCCUCCUCCUAUCCCUCGCUGCCCAGCUCAGCCACGCAGCCAUACACAUUCCUGCCAGCUUCAAAACACCUCCAGUGAUCACCACCCAGCCGGAGUCUGUGACUGUCGCCAGUGUUGACGAUUUCGCCAUGAGCUGUGAAGCCUCUGGAAACCCUGCUCCCAUUUUCCGAUGGACAAAGAAUUCGAAGGAGUUUGACCCACGCAGCGACCCAGAGCUGAAGAUGUUGGAGGACUCUGGUUCAUUUACACUCCGCACUGGCCAUAUUAGUAUGGAAAUGCUGAAAGAGUACAGAGGCAAAUACACCUGCUACGCAUCCAAUGAGCUGGGGACAGCCGUUUCCAGCGAGGCUCACCUCAGGGUUGAAUUCCCCCCAUCCCUGCAGAAAGAGAAGAGGGUGAAAAAAAAGGAAAGCGAAGGAGCCGGUAUGGUUCUGGAGUGCAACCCCCCAGAGAGCUCCAUGCAGCCAAUCAUUCACUGGAUGGACAUGAGAUUGCACCACAUCCAUUUAAGUGAGCGAGUGGUGGUGGGGAGUGAUGGCAACCUAUACUUUGCCCACUUGAUCCCGCAGGACAGCAGGGACGAUUAUACCUGCAACGUGCAGUACCUGACAGUGCGCACCAUCCUACCCAAGGAACCCAUCUCACUUACCGUCACGCACUCUAACUCAGUAGUGCGGACCAGGAGGCCCGUCAUGAUGAAACCUAAAGAAUCCCAUAGCAGUUAUGUUGCCCUCCGCGGCCAGACCUUGACACUUGAGUGCAUCGCCCGAGGCCUUCCGACUCCCAAAGUGUUGUGGCUGAGGAAGGACGGAGAGCUGUCCGAGUCCCGAACCAGCAAAGAAAUGUUUAACCGCCGCCUUCACUUCACCAACAUCACCGAGAGCGACGCGGGAGAGUACCAGUGCACGGCUGAGAACUCGCAGGGCACGACCCAACACAGUUAUACCGUGAUUGUGGAAGCGACUCCCUACUGGACCAAGGAGCCGGCCAGUGACGUAUACGCCCCAGGAGAGACUGUCAAACUGGACUGUCAGGCAGGCGGCAUCCCAGCUCCAAACAUCACGUGGAGCAUCAAUGGAGUCCAGCUCUCAGCAACAAUCCAGGACUCCAGGCGCACUCUGACACCAAGCGGGUCUCUGAUCCUGAAGGAUGUGGGCUUCGGAGACACCGCCAUCUACCAGUGUGAAGCGACGAACAAGCACGGGACCAUCCUCACUAACGUCAAUGUCUAUGUCAUCGAGCUGCCUCCACAGAUCAUGACUGAGGAUGGGAAUUUGUACACCGCUACAGAGGGCCAGGAGGCCGUGCUGGACUGUGACACCUUCGGCUCUCCUAAACCUAAAGUCAUAUGGGAGAGCGAAGGCGCCUCCAUACUGGCUGAUCCGAGGUUUAACCCGCUGACCAGUGGAGGGCUGCAGAUCUCUAAUGUGAGCCACGACGACAGCGGUGUCUACUCCUGCUCUGUGGAGAACACCAACCUGACCAUCAGUGCAACAUUAGAAGUGCUCAACAGGACAGUGAUCCUGUCGCCUCCCCAGGCUCUGAAGGCGCAACCUGGAAAAACUGCUAUCUUCACCUGCCUGGCCCAGGUCGACGCCAAACUCUUCCCCCCACUCAUCCAGUGGAGGAAGAGUGGGCAGAAGGUUUUUCAGUCGUACAGUGAAGACAAAUACACAUUUGAAGGGCCAGACCUGAUUGUGGCCAAUGUAGAACCAAAGGAUGAAGGUGUGUACACCUGUGAGGUCAUCACUAAGUUCGACAUGGCUCAAGCCAGCGGCUCCCUCACUCUUGUUGAUCGUCCAGACCCCCCUGUCCUCCUCCACAUCACUGAUCCCAAACAUCGGGAGGUCACCCUCAGCUGGACCCCUGGAGAUGACCGCAACAGCCCUGUGCUCGAGUAUGUGGUUGAGUUUGAGGACCAGCGUUCAAAGGAGAGGGGCUGGGAAGAGCUGAGGAGAGUAGGGGGAAACACAGAGAGCGUUGCCCUCCCCCUGCAGCCGUACAUGUCAUACCGUUUCCGGGUCAUCGCUAUCAACGAUGUGGGCAAGAGUGACCCCAGCAAGCCCUCUGAACUCCACAAUACACCUGAUGAAGCUCCAGACAGUAACCCUGAAGAUGUGAGGAGUGAGUCCACAAACCCAGACACUCUGGUCAUCGCCUGGGAGGAGAUGGACAGGCGUAACUUCAACGGACCUGACUUCCAGUACCGGGUGAUGUGGAGGCGAGCGGUCGGCAGUGGACCCACCUGGCACACCAACUACACCACUGCACCACUUUUCAUUGUCAACAACGUCGGCAACUUUUCCGCCUUCGAGCUCAAAGUCCAGGCUAUCAAUCAGAAAGGGGAGGGACCUGAGCCAGAUCCUGUGAUUGGCUACUCGGGAGAGGAUGUCCCACUGGAGGCUCCCAUGGAUGUUGGCGUGGAGCUUUAUAACAGCACAGCCAUCACGGUGACCUGGGCAGCGGUAGGCAAAGAGACAGUCAGAGGACGCCUGCUGGGAUACAAGAUCUACUUGACCAUGAUCGGCUCCAAUGGCCACCACCGGGGCCGCAGGGCCAUGGAGCCAGAGACCACUAUGGUGGAGACGGAGCCCAAUGAGCUGACUAAAGUGAUCAGCAGUCUCAGGCCGUACUCCCUCUACACCCUGGCAGUCACUGUAUUCAACAGCAAGGGAGACGGACCCCCCUCUGAGACGGUGACCUUCACGACUCCAGAGGGAGCUCCUGGUCGUCCCAUGUCCCUGCGGCUGGACAGCCCUGCAGAAACAGAGAUGACCCUCCACUGGACGCCUCCGGCCCACCCUAAUGGAAUCCUCAUAGGAUAUAUACUACAGUACCAAGAGAUUGUGGCGGGUGAGGAGAGGCCCGUGCAGAUGCAAAUCAUCAAUUACCCCACAGCGACCCACCUCACCGUGAAGAACCUGGACCCACACAGCCGCUACCGCUUCUACCUGAUGGGCCGCACCGCCGCUGGGGACGGAGAGCCCAUCAUGCGAGAGGGCGCCACCACCCUGGAUGGAGUCCCUCCUACCAACAUCAGCCUGUCUGUGGGAGAGACGUUAGUCAACCUUAGCUGGGUGGCCAAGGAAAGGCACAGGAAUGUGGGCUUCCGGAUCCACUACCUCAACAUCAAUGGCAGUGGCAAAUGGAAGGAGACGGAAAAGGUGAACACCUCUCAGUCUUUCUACCAGCUCCAGGGCCUUGCACCUGGAUCUCAUUACCACCUACGCUUCACCUACAGCAACGUCACCUUCUGGGAGACGAACAUCACGACGGAGGGAACAGGAGUGACAGAGAUGCAGCCAAGCUUCGCCACACAAGGCUGGUUCAUCGGGCUUGUGAGCGCCAUCGUGCUGCUACUGCUGAUACUGCUCAUCCUGUGUUUUAUCAAGAGAGGCAAAGGGGGAAAGUAUUCAGUGAAAGAUAAAGAGGACGGCCCGAUGGAUUCAGAAGCGCGGCCUAUGAAGGAUGAGACCUUUGGAGAGUACAGAUCUCUAGAAAGUGACAAUGAGGAGAAGCGUACAGCCAGCCAGCCGUCCCUGUGUGAUGACAGCAAGCUGUGCAGUCAGGACAACCUGGACUACAAUGGCAGCAGUGCCCUGACCACUGAGCUCAACAUGGAUGAGUCCCUGGCCAGCCAGUUCAGCCGGCCCGGUCCCGAAGCGCUCCAGGGCCUAUCAGACGGCUCGCCCCUCAACUCCACCAUCGUCUCCUCAGCCAACAACGGCAUGCCCAACAAAGUCACCAUCCUCAAUUAACCCCAACACAUCCACUUGAGACUGUCAGACCAAAACAUGUCAACACAUAUGUGCCCGUGUUCCCUACUGACUUGGUGAUCUGCAGUUUGACUAACAUACAAUCAAUACAUUGACCAUUCAGAUGCCCCUUGCAGUCAUCUGAUCGACUAUCGGACUAUUCUGACCAAAGGCGUGUCCAAAGUAGUGGACGAUGUGAUACAAGUCUGACUGACGUGACAACAGAGCGACUCUCCAACCUAAUGAUGUCCUUUGACCCCCUACUCUGUGUAGUUUACAGCAUACCUGAGUGACUGACAUUCAUCUCUCUCCCUUGUUUUCUCUUUCGUUCACUCUCCAAAAACAGCGCUCUAGAAAAGUGAAGACAGAAUGUCAAAGAAGUAGACGGCAGAGAGGGAUUUUAGGUACGGUCCUGCAGAGAUGCAGAGUAGUGCAUUAAAAGAGAGGGACGACAGUAGAGGCUAUGUGGGGGAAGGGACAGCACAUGCUGCUGGGGAAAGUCUUAAAUCCUUGAUAUUGUUAUCAUGUUUUAUAUUAUUAUUUCACACACUAUUUUCUAUGUCUAAAGCCAUUCGAUGUUGCAGACUCUAAUCACCAGUGACAUUUUUAUUUUUUUAUAAGCAAGUUUGAAUACAAAGCAUACUUUUGGUUUUCUGCCAGUUUUAUUUGUUUAUUCAUCUUUUUUUCAUGUUGUUUUCUACAUCAUUUAUAGAAUUCAGUAGUUUGUGAUUUCUCUUCAUUUGUACCAUCAUGGAUCAGGAUGAUUUCACUAAAACUAACUGAAGGCAAGUUUCUUAUUAUAAAUAACAUUGGAUGCAUACAAGGAACUUGCUGUGAAAAUGCCGAGUAGCGUGUGGUGUAUAUAGCUGCAUCUACAUCUAUCUAUUUAGCCAUAAUACAGUAUUAUAGAUAUGUACAUGCUCCUUAUAAGUUCCUGUGCCUGCUAGGUCUGCAUAGAGCACCAGACUGAUGUCAUUACUUUCUCGCCUUUCCACCAGAAGUGUAAUGUCAUUAUUGGUAUGAUAUUGUAAUUCUUUUGUGUAGAGACCUAUGUGUAGCUUUCUGUAUCUGUCUUUGUCUCUUUCUACAGUGUAUUAAAAAAAAACAAUGUUGUCUCUAAUUAACAAUCUUUCCAUACCUGUCCAUCUCAUACUACACAAAUUGUGUAAGGAGCAGUAUUAAUGUAUAUUUACAGAUCAGGGAGUGGAGUCUUGUGGGCGCACACUCUCAGUUUUAUUUUCAGGCCCUCAUCAAUGCAAGUUGAUGAUGCAGAUAGGCUUACUGAUUGCCAGUUGAUGUAUAAUAAAGUCAAGCAGUUGGAAUUUACAUCAAACACAGAGAAUGUAUUCUUUCUAGCGCUGGGUAGAGAUCUUAUUUACAUGCCAAAAACUCUUUUGAAAUUAUGAAACUAAAAAAAAAGCAAAAAAAAAAAAAAAAGCAGCUGUGGGGUAAGAGAACACAGGUUUUGGUAUGGCUACGACAAGACGGAGAGCUUUUUGUCACUGAAUGUAAAUACAAACCCUUAAAGAUUGUUUUGAUGAACCCAACCAUGUUUGAUAAAAAAAAAAAAAUGUGAAAAAGUGUGCAGGUUUGAAAAGCAUUUAAGUUCGUUUUAAAAUGUUGCAAGUGGUUAUUUUUCUUCUUUGUACUGAUGCUAUGAAUUCACACUUUCCUUCCCUAUUUGACGACUUAUUGCAGUGAGAUUUGGCUGUUUUAGAGAAGAUAGUUCAUAGUCGAAAAACAAAUGAAAAAAAGGAAAAAAAAAAAACAUUGUUCUGUAGAUGUUUGCAAACACUUCACUUCAAAAUUUGAAAACUAAAAAAAAAAAAAAAAAGUACAUUAAAUCCUAUUGUCAUUUAGUGAUAGUAGUAGUUACAUUGCAACAAAAGCUAGGAUUGUGUUCAUGUCCACAUCUGGUAAUGCAGUGCAGUGCAGUGAGUAUCUGUGGAGGCUUUGUCUGAUGCAGUUAUGAAAGUCAGGGAUGCAGUGAGCCAGUUUGUGCAUACCACGGGGAGUACCUAUAUGCAAUGUUGCUGUCUCUGCACUCCCUACUCAAACAAUAGCUCGCUACUGGCCAAACACCACUUAUUGACAAUCCCAGAGAGAGAGAGAGACUAUGGGAUGUCUGUGGCUUGUGGCGCUGAAGGAGGUGUGUGUAAGCUCCCUGUUGUUGGUUGUACAGACACACUCAGGACAAAUAAAACUUUUAGAAAAUCUAUUUUCAUACAGGAACGAUAAAUGUCACAAAAUAUGCCAAUAUUCUAUCUUGACUAUCUGCUGCUAAACAUCUGUGUUUGUCGGUGUUAGGGCAAAUGUUAGUUUUGAAUGAGGGAUGAGUGUACACACACAGAUACUCACUCCACUGCCACUCGCUCUUUGCUUUCCAUGUGUUGAGGGGGAAAGCUGGGGACGCCGGCCUUUGCUUUCCCACGGUUGUGCUUUCCCUUUUUAUAGUUAAAAGAUUAAAAAAAACCUAUUAAA